AUGCUGAGCUGCAGCGUGCUCCUCGUUGCCCUUUUGCUGCCACAAGCCCGGAGCUUCCUGGGCCCCCCGGCGGAGGACGACGGCGGCCUCCCCGAGGAGUGGGUGCUGCUGCACGUGGUCCAGGGCCACAUCGGGGCCGGGAACUACAGCUACCUGCGCCUGAACCACGAUGGGCGGAUCGUCCUGCACAUGCAGAGCCUCAAGGGGGACGCCGACCUGUACGUGUCCGACAAAACCCUCCACCCCAGCUUCGACACCUACAAGCUGCAGUCGGUCACCUGCGGCCACGACGUGGUGGUGGUGCCCGGGGAUUUCAAGCGGCCGGUCGGGAUCGGCAUUUACGGCCACCCGUCUCACCGGGAGAGCGAGUUCGAGAUGCGCGUGUUCUACGACCAGUCGGUGCAGCAGGACCCGUUCGAAAAGGACCGGUACGCCUCUGAGGACGAACACAGGCAGAGGAGAUCUACUCAGGCCGAAGAGGACGACUUCCAGGAGGAAGAGUCCAUCUUUUGGACUAUUCUGAUAGGACUUUUGAAGAUAAUACUUGAAAUUUUGUUUUGA